UAAUCGUAGAAUAGUGUAUUACCGAAUUUUAUCACGUAUGUAGUAUUUGCUCACGAUUAUUCAUACUUUUUUUUUAUAAUCAUCCACUGUGGUUACAUACCAUGGGCUGUCAGAUAACUUGCAGGUACGAGUAAGGCCAUGGUCGUACCAAUGGUGACCCAAUAGCCCAGUGACUCAUACUUCUAGACAGGAUUUUCUAAAUUGAAUACAAACAAAAAUAUCAGUUUUUGCUUCUCCUCCUGUUAGGAUCAUUCUAAAAUAUGUCCUAUCCUCCUCCUGGUGGUCAACAACCUGGUUAUCCUGCAGCUUACAAUGGUCAAUAUCCCCCUGCUCCUCCAGGACAGGGUUACGGUACACCACCUCCUCCAGGAUAUGGACCACCCCCAGGUUACGGUCCUCCACCCCAAGGGUAUCCUCAACCCCCUCCUGGACAAUACCCUCCUCCAGGACAGUAUCCACCUCCAGGUGGACAGUAUCCACCACCAGGGCAAUAUCCACCUCCUGGGCCAUAUGGGCCUCCUCAACCUAUUAUAAAUCAGCCUGGUGGUGCUCCAGGUGGUUGGAUGAAUAUGCCGCAAGGACAAGUCAACUGCCCACCAGGAUUGGAAUACCUUACUAUGAUUGAUCAAUUGCUAGUCCACCAAAAAGUUGAGUUAUUAGAAGCUCUUACCGGAUUCGAAACCAAAAAUAAAUUUACUGUGAAAAAUAGCCUAGGCCAAAAAGUAUAUUAUGCCGUGGAAGACUCUGAUUGUUUAACUCGAAAUUGUUGUGGGCCCAUCCGACCUUUCGACAUGAAUAUUUUAGAUAAUUAUAAGAACGAAGUAAUCCAUCUUCAUCGUCCAUUAGCGUGUGAUUCAUGCUGUUUUCCGUGUUGUUUACAGAGCAUCGAAGUGUCGUCACCCCCCGGCACUAUCGUAGGAUCAGUUGAACAAGAAUGGAGCAUUUUCUGCCCUACCUUUGCCAUCAAAAACCCAAGCGGUGAAACCGUAUUAAGAAUAGAAGGCCCCUUUUGUACUUUCAGCAUCUGCGGCGACGUCGAAUUUAAAAUAAUGUCAGCUGACGGGAACACUCAAGUUGGGAAAAUCUCAAAACAGUGGUCUGGAUUGAUCCGAGAAAUGUUCACUGAUACCGACUACUUCGGGAUUACUUUCCCGAUGGAUUUGGACGUGAGGAUGAAAGCCGUGAUGUUGGGAGCUUGCUUCUUAAUUGAUGCAAUGUUCUUUGAAAAAUCUAGGAACAAAGAAGGGGAUUCUCCAGGAAUGCUGUAGGUUUUUGCAUUUACGUGAUUUUAGAAUCGCGGGCUUGAGUUCGUGGACCAAUAAGAAGCCGUUCUUGUGACACGUGACCCACGAACUCGUCCCCGAGUUUCAUGUUUUACUGUGUACUUCUAUUCAAGUUUGUUAAGCACAAUAUUUUCUAUUUGUUAUAUAUUUAUAUUUAUACAAUGUGUGUCAAAAUAACGAACGUACAUGAUGGCCUUUCAUAUUGUGAGAUUACUUAGAAAAGUGGGUAUUUUUGAGAGUUAAUCUGCUAUAUUUCAAUAAACACGAAACUUAAUUAAUAUAGGACAAAUAAAUACGAAUUUAUAUUAUGAUGUACGUGAAUAAUGCUUUUAACAGGGCCUUCCAGACUGUAACUCAAUGCCAGUCAUACUCUGAAUAUUGUUAGAAACUAACUUACUAUAUUUUUAAAGUGACUGUAUAAACCAAUAUAAAUAUAAUGUUACCAUAUA